GAAAGUGCAAGCCUACCUGCGAGACUUUAGCUUCAUUCUCCCUAAAAAAUGUCCUGAAAGAUCUCUCAGCCUAUACAACAUUUCUUAGCUUCAUCAUAAUUAACCCUCCACAACCGAGCUAAUAAGGAUCCUACCCUAAUUUCUCUCUCCCCUUUUUCUUUUCAAAACCCCCCGCAAACCAGCUCACUAAGGUUAAUCGCUACACACAAAAUGGCGAAUUCUUCAUCUGGGGUUGGCGUGUUCGACGAAUGCAAACUGAAGUUCAUGGAGCUGAAGUCGAAGAGGAACUUCAGAUACAUCGUUUUCAAGAUUGAUGAAACUGGGCAGGCUGUGGUGGUUGAGAAACUGGGGACUCAUGAAGAGACUCAUGAUGAUUUCACCAAAAGCCUACCCUCCAAUGAUUGUCGUUUUGCUGUUUUCGACUACGAUUUCACCACCCAAGAGAAUUGCCAGAGGAGCAGGAUCUUCUUCAUUGCAUGGGCACCAGAAACAGCAAGUGUGAGGAACAAGAUGGUGUACGCAGCCUCCAAGGACAAAUUCAGGAGAGAACUGGAUGGUGUUCAGGUUGAGUUGCAGGCAACUGAUCCAAGUGAGAUGAGCUUGGAUAUCUUUAAGGGGAGGGCACACUAAACGUGUUUUACUUCAAUACAUAUUAUAUACUUGCAAAACAUACUUUUCCCCCCAAAAAAAAUUGCAUUUUUAUUUACUUUAUUACUAUUCAUAAGCAUCUCCAUGGUUAUGGCCAAUCUGGGUUGUGUUUGGCUGACUAUUGAUGAUUGUGUUAGUGCUGAGGAUGAGAUCAGCAUAUCCCCAUUCUGGGUUUUUUUUUUUUUUUUUUUUCUUUUCCAUCUAGUUGUUUUUGAA